UAUUUCCUUUUAUUGGCGUAGGUUUCCACUAGUGAAUCAGUCUGCUCGCAGAGACAGACGAGGACCUGCCGCAGAGGAUUUAAGUGAAGCAGACAAAGUAGAGCCCCAAGAUGUGGUGUCUCCUCAUGCUGCUGUGCUCCCAAGCUGUUGCCUUUUCAGCAGGAUUCACAGCACUUCAUGGUCUGAAAUCAGAGGAAGGACUGCACAGGAAGCAACGCAACCCUGAAGAUCUCAUGAACGUUACUGAAAUGAUCAGAUAUCAUGGAUACCCCAGUGAGAAGUAUGAAGUUACUACAGAGGAUGGAUACAUACUUGGUGUUUUCAGAAUUCCCAAUGGGAGGAACAUGCAAAAUACAGGGCAAAAGCCAGCAGUCUUGCUGCACCAUGGUACUUUUGCAGACUGUACUUACUGGAUUGCUAAUCUGCCCAACAACAGUCUCGGCUUCAUCCUUGCAGAUGCUGGCUAUGAUGUUUGGCUGGGAAACAGCCGAGGAAACACCUGGUCUGCAAAACACAAGACUCUUAAGACAUGCCAGAAAGAGUUCUGGCAGUUCAGCUUCGAUGAGAUAGGUAAAUAUGAUCUCCCGGCUGAGCUAUACUUCAUCAUGAAUAAAACUGGACAGAAGAAUGUAUAUUAUGUUAGUCACUCAGAAGGUUCAACUGCAGGCUUUGUAGCACUUUCUACUUAUCCAGAAUUGGCACAAAGGGUGAAAAUGUUCUUUGCUUUAGGACCAGUACUCACUGUCAAACACGCUACCAGUCCUUUUGUAACGUUUGCACGUCUUCCUCAGCCAGUGAUCAAUUUGGUCCUUGGUUACAAAGGAGCUCUUCACCAGAAUGAGCUGCUGAGAAGGCUUGCAAUACAGCUGUGCAGACUUCUGCAAAAAGUUUGUGCCAAUAUCUUCUACUCCAUAGCCGGGGGCAGAGCGCAAAACCUGAAUGUGAGUCGAAUAGAUGUAUACGCAGGACAUUACCCAGCUGGAACAUCAGUACAGAAUAUUAUGCAUUGGCAUCAGCUAUCCCAUACGGACAGAUUCCAAUCUUAUGACUACGGCUCAAGGAUAAACAUGCAGAAAUAUAACCAGUCUACUCCUCCUGCAUACGAGAUAGAGAAGAUAAGCACACCCAUUGCCGUUUGGAGUGGUGGACAAGAUAAAUUUGCGGAUCCCAAAGACAUAACAAAACUACUUUCUAGGAUUAAUAAUCUCUAUUACCAUGAGAAUUUUCCUUACUGGGGACAUCUUGAUUUUGUCUGGGGCCUUGAUGCAGCUGAGAAAAUGUAUAUGAAAAUUGCUGAACUAAUUAGAAAAUAGCCUUAAAGAUUCAUACAGGAAGUUCCUUCAUUCAGCAAAGCCUUCAGUUAUUUCUAUUUAGCAGUAGAAUAUAGGUAUAGGGAUUGGUAUAGGGGUUUGUUUCUUUCUUGCAUUCUAUCUCAGGGUUUUAUGGUAUUUUGGUGAAGGCGGGUAGGUAAGUAGAGUAAGGUAUGUUAGGAAUGUAAGAAACACGAGGAUGACCACUAAAUAUACAAUCAAGAAGGCAGCAUGAGUUAUUUUGAAAUAUUUUAACAGUUACAGGACUGAUUUUGCUACAAACAAGCUUUUAUCUCCCUUGUAUACUAAUAUUAUAUAUUCCACUUGAGCCAGAGGUGUUAUCAUAUGAAAUCAUAAAAAUUGGAUAUAGUCAUUUCUCUGUUUUAGUAUUACUGAUCUUUGCUUAAAUUAAAUCAUUAUCCUCUUCUUAAAGUGCUUGGCCUGUUUUUAUUUUCUCACAUUAUCAAGAACAGCAAGCCUGAACCCCAAGAUCUUCUGUCAUGAGGCAUUGCCUUAUUAACCCAAAUACCAAGGGAUUCCUCCAAAGGCUACCUCUCAAAACCUAUGUUGGAGAGAAACCACUUGCUGCUAAACACUUGUUAGAGAGAUGCAGAUACUCUCUCAUCCUUCAUGCCCACAUAUCAUCAACUCUUUUGUUCACUCCCUGAGUACAAAGAGAGCAAACAUCUCUACAACUAUAACCUGGCAACUGAGAGUUGAGGAGAUGCAGCUGUAUCAGGCAGCAUGCACAUCAAGGACUAGAGCACCCAUCUCAAGAAACAUUCCUGAUAUUGUCAGUAAAGUUGUUUCAGGAUCUUCUAACUUCUCAGCUCAUCAUGUCCACAUGCUAUGCCAAUCACCUACAAAAUAAUCCAGAAGGUGAAAGAUCACACCAAGGGUUCAUCAAUACACUCCAAGAUAGAGUAACUCAGGUGCUGUGGGUGUUUCUGGGUGGAGGGUUAAGCCCAGAUUCCUCAAGCAAGAUUUGCGGCAAAUGAAAUCCAUUUGAUUGUUAUCUGGAGACAGUCAUCAAUGUUUGUCUAAUGUAGUAGAGAAAAUAUAUGCAAAGCAGAUGAAACACCUUGUCUAGCAACUACCACUGGGAACUCAACUCACAACUUAUGGAGAGCUUUAUAGUCCACAACCCAGAAUGGACUCUCACCCACACCGCAUCACCUGCCAGCUCCCAGCAGCCUGACCACCUCAGAGAAUUCUGAACAGACCUACUCCUUCUCCUCAGGGAGCACAGGAGACAUAGCACUGCCCCCAGUACAAACAUGAGCUGGCUCAAAUCCUCCUUUGACAGAGCUCGUGGCUCUGUCCCACUGAAGAAAGCCAAGGAUAGUCAAUGGGACCAUUCCUGGGUGACGAAAGAAGGGGAAUAUAGCAGUUCUUCAAAAGCCAGUUGUAUGGAUACAGAGCUAAGACCAAGCUCACACAGCCUGGAAGUGGAUACCAAGAGGCACUCAAGGAAAUGAGCUUCUCCAGAGAGCCUUUCCAUGUUCAACUAGAAGAAGCAGCCAUGUAUAUACUCUGCAAGAGGUCACAGGGAAGUAUUUGGGUAAUGAGUAAAAAACUGCUCAGAAAAAAAAGGAGCUAGUCUAACACCACCUCUGACCCAAGAUUUACAAAGGGUUGCCAAAAUUGUUUACAGAAGACAAAAACAACUUCCAAACAAUUAGAUAGGCUUGACACUUGAUGAUAAGGAUUCCCACAAACAGUAAUUAUCUUUAUAUUAAAAUCCACGAGGAACACAAUCCUGUAAUGGCUUAUGUCAGCAUAAAAAAGCAUUCAUCUCUUCCAUGUCCUGUCAGUAGACUGUUAGCUACACAGACUACAUCCCUGCAUUGCUGUGAGAAGCCCUUGCUCCUCUGGACCCACUCCAUCAGCUUCUCAUCCUUCUGCUGGAGGCCCAGCUCUGAACACAGUACUCCAGAUGGGGCCUCACAUGGGCAGAAUAGAAGGGGACAAUCACUUCCCUCUCCCAGCUGCCACCCCUCUGUUGAUGCAGACUGGGAUACAGUUGGCCAAUGGGCUGCAAGCGCACACUGCUGCCUCAUGACCAGCUCUUUAUCCACCAGGACUCCAAGUCCUCAUCCACAGGGCUGCUCUCAAGGAGCUCUUCUCUCAGAACGAAUGUCUGGGAUUGUCCUGAUUAAAGUACAUUAUCUUGCGAUUGGCCUUGUUGAACCUCGUUAGGUUUCCAUGGGCUCACUCUUAAGCCUGUUCUGAUCCUUCUAUAUCGUUAACGUGGUUCUAGCUUCAGCUCUGCAGCCUUGAAGACCUUCCAGCAAUGACUGCAUCCCAGCAAAUGCCACAUGUAGAGCAUAGGUGGGCACGCAGGACAGCAAGGGGCACCUGCGCUGCAUUUGUAUCCCAGCCCUUGUUCCACUCUGUGGGGAGAGACGCUCUCCUGUCCAACAAUAAUCCACCUUCUCAAGCCACAUGCUGAGCACUGCAUCGUCACUGAAACCUCUCUCCUUAUCCAGACUCUUCCCUCAGGCAGUUAGCGAUUGCUGUUGCUCCUUACCUAAAGGAGAUUUAGAUUUGCCCGAGUGAACCGUGUGCGCCCACUACUAUAUUCGGGCAGAUGUGGAGGUACUGAAGCGGCGCCUGCCCUGCCCUACGGAUCGGAGCUUGGAAGGGAUGCGGCUCCAGGUGCCCGGCGUGGGGCAGCA